UUCGUCUGAUGGUUGCUGUUCCUUCUUGCUCCUGGGAUCCAUGUCUCAGCGGAUACUUCUUCGAGAGAAACUGAGUGCAUGGUUUGCCUGGGAGCUCUCCCUUCGUAGAGAGGUCUGAGCUCUCGUAUUCUUGGUGUUACGAGCAUAUCUUCCUAUCCCCGUAAUGCGGCAGUUUGUAUACAUGAUUUCCUAUCCUCGUUAUGCCGGACUCCUUUAGCUUGGAUUCAUGGAACAGCUCAAACUCUGCCAUGCACAUGCACUGUGAUCGGAGCGUUGUACGCCAGGAUAGUUCAAAUCUUAGGUUACGGUUCAUAGUUCCUAGAUUAGAUGGAGUGCAAUAGAGAAGACGCGACGAAGGCCAAGGAGCUAGCCGAAGCGGCUCUCACCAGCGGCGAUUACGCCAAGGCUCGUCGCCUAGUAACAAAAGCGCACCGCCUCUUCCCUUCUCUCGACGGACUCACGCAGGUCGCAGCGGUGGUCGAAGUCUACGAAGCUUCGCAGAACCGCGUCGGCGGUGACGUGGACUGGUACGCGCUUCUCCAGAUUCCCGCGUUCUGCGAUGACGAGACUGCGAUCAAGAAGGCGUACCGCCGCAUGGCGCUGCUGCUGCACCCUGACAAGAACAAGACCAGCGGCGCGGAAGCGGCGUUCAAGCUGCUGUCAGAGGCGUUCACUGUGCUGUCGGACAAACAGAAGAAGGCCGUGCACGACGCCAAGCGACGACUGAAUGUCACCACAGGCCGAGCAGGAGCAGGAGCAGGAGCAGCAGCAGGAUCAGCAGCAACAGCUGGUGUGAAUUCCUCAAGGACUCAACAGAAAGCACCAGCAGCAGCGAAACCCCAGCCUGCAGCAGCUAGAGCAGGAGGGGGAGGAGCAGCAGGUGCGGGUGGACAGGGAACGGGGAAUCAAUUCGAGACGCGGUGUCCGACGUGCGGGACGCGUUUCUUGUGCUUGCGGGACGCCAUGGCGGUCGUUGUACAGUGCAUCAUCUGCAAGAGCUCGUUCAAAGCUAUGCCUGCCGCACCUGCUACUGCAUCAGCUUCUAACGCGUCUGCUGCUGGCAAUGCAACUGGCGCAGCUGGUAGGCAAAACGGCAGGGUGCCGCAACCACAGGCACAGUCACACGCACAGGCACACGCACAAGCACAGGCUCAGGCACAAGCACAAGCACAGGCGCAGGCAGUAAGGCAGGCACAAGCACAGGCGAGGAGUGCACCCCAACAACCCAACUUCAUGGCAAACGGCGGUGUGCACUACGGCAUGCCAGCCACCUAUAGCUCCACGCACUCCACUGCCAGCGCCGCUGCCGCCAUGGCAGCAGCUGCAGCCGCGCAGGCCGCUGCUGUUGCGGAGUCCCUGAGGAACACGGGGGGAGGCGCGGCUGCUGCUGCUGCAGCGGCUGGGGAUGCUGCUGCUGCUGCUGCAGCUGCAGCUGCUGCAAUUGCAGGGCAGUUUGGGGGGGUCAGAGGUGGGGGGGGCUUCCCUGGUGCUGCUAGCUUCUCAUCGUUUUCGUUUUCGACGGAUAGUGGAGCGGCGUAUGGCAGUCAACAGUGGCAACAGCAGCAGCAGCAACAGCAGCAACAACAGCACCAGCAGCAACAGCAAUACCAGCAACAGCAGCAACAACAACAACGGCUUCAGCAGCAGCAGGAGCAACUGCGGCGGCAACAGCAGCUGCAGCAGCAGCAACUGGAGGAGCAGCGGCGGCUCCAGCAGCAGCAGCAGCAACAGCAGGAGGCGCAGAGGCGGCAGCAGCAGCUGCAGCGGGAGCAGCAUGAGCGAAUGCGAGCAGCCAUGGAGGCUGGUGCGGCUGAGAGAGGCAGGCAGCAAUGCGGUCAGCAGGGGGGCUUGGAAGAGGCGUUGAGGGCCAAGGCGGAGGAGGAGAGGGCGCAGAGAGAGAGAGUGGCGGAGGCGAUGCGGCAAGAGCAGGAGAGGGCGCAGGUGAGGCGGCAGAUGCAGAUGGACGAGCUGCUGGCGCGCAGGCGACAGCAGCAGGCUAAAGCUGCUGCUGCUUCGGGUGCUGCUGGUGGUGCUGGAAAUGGCAUGGCUGGAGGGCAACCAGCAGCACCGGCAGCAGCAGGUGGGCCAAGUGAGCGGGGCGGUGGGCAGCAGGCAGGGCGGAGGAACAGGUUGCGGAAGAGGAAGCAGGGGGGAGGGCGAGGGGGCGGAGCGAGCAGUGAUGAGGACGAGGAGUAUGACUUCAGACUAGAUGCGGACGAUGAUGGAGAUGACGAGGGGCUGCCGGUGGGCAGGGAGGGGUGGGAUGCAGCAGCAGGGCAAGCACAGGGAGGGGUAGGAGAAGAGGAGGAGGUGCUGGGAGCAGCAAUGAGGAGGUCGAUGCGCAGCAGGAAGCACGUGGUGUACCACGUGGGAGACGACAACGAUGAUGAUGUCAUGGAGGUGACCGAGGCCGAGGUGGUGAUGAAGGAGGUCAAUGGGACUGCCGCGGGGGGCGAUCAGUCCAGAAGAGCAAGGGCUGAAAAGGGCUCCGCAGCGGGGAUUGAUAAGAGCAAGGGCUCUGGGGUUGAUGGGAGCACUGGGCUGGCUGGAGAUGCCCUGAGGAAAGCGCAAAGGGAGGGGGGGUCUGCGGACGCAGCAAAGGAGGGGAAACAAAGGCCAGCAAGCCACGUGGCAGGGAAGCAAGGGGGGAGGAGUGGUGGGAGGCGAGAGGAAGGGGAGCAGGAGAACAUGGAUGUGGACGUGCCGCUGAAGGGCGUGAAUGGCAGCAGUGGCGUGAAGAUAAACGGGUUUGUGCUCGAGGAGGUGGUGGAGCUCAUAUCGUCGGAUGAAGAGGAUGAGGGAGACAGGGGGCAGGGCGAGGCGGAGGAGAGUGAUGAGGAGGGGGAGGAUGCGCAGCGCUUCUCUGUACCCGAUCCCGACUUCCACUGCUUUGACGACGACCGCACGGAGGGAGCUUUCCAACAAGGAGAUGUGUGGACCCUCUACGACGACUCUGACGGCUUCCCCCGCUUCCUCUGCGCCAUCCGCCAAGUCUUCCACUCACCCUUCUCCUGCAGCGUCGUCUGGCUCGAGCCCGCUGCUCUUUCCAAGAAGCGCACCGUGGCCUCCUCUGCCCUCACGCAGACAGAGGCUGCAGCUGCUCUGGCGGACCCGGCAGAGAGGGCUGAGCCCAGCAUCGGCUACUUCAAGUUCGGCUCCCCGACAGUACUAGAAUCAGUCAACACCUUCUCCUUCCGGAUAUCCAAACUGGUUACCCCGAACGCGCGCACAGUUACGGUUCUGCCGGAGAUAGGGCAGGUGUGGGCACUGUAUGCAGACAGGUCGUAUAAGCAGCGGAAGUACUAUCUGGUGGAGGUGAUACCUGCCGAGUCAUCCAUACCGCUGCCGAAUGACCCCACAGCCGCGUCGGCAGGAGUGAAUGCGAUCACAGGGAGAGGGUGGAGGGCUGUGUGGUUCCUACAGAGGGUCCCUGGCGGGGUGUUCACCUCGCUUUACGAGAGAAUUCCUUCGGGCACACGCUACGUUCGACUCAACAGCUUUUCCCACCUUGUUCCCUGCUACCACCCGCAAGGCACCGAGAGCAGCCCUAAGAGACUACCACCUCCCCCCCGUGGUGCCGUGGAAUUAGAUCCAGCCGCCACCCCCUCCAAUCUUGCCUCAUUUCCUCCUCCUCCAGACCUGUGACAUAGGGGGCACAGGUGUGCCCUCAGUAGCAAUAAAUGUGACCAAGAGUCACUGCCUUCAUUGUGUACUAAUGAUUAUACCCCACAUGUAACAAGCUU